GUCCUGAAGAUCAUUAAACGACCUGGGAGUGAGGACGAGUGCCCCAUGAUUGGGGACAAGGUUUAUGUCCACUACAAAGGCAAACUGGCCAACGGGAAAAAAUUCGACUCCAGCCGCGAUCGGAACGAGCCCUUUGUGUUCAGCCUGGGCAAGGGUCAGGUAAUCAAGGCAUGGGACAUCGGGGUGGCUACCAUGAAGAAGGGAGAGAUCUGCUACCUGCUCUGCAGACCCGAGUACGCCUACGGCUCUGCUGGCAGUGCCCCCAAAAUCCCCUCCAACGCCACCCUCUUCUUCGAGGUCGAGCUGCUUGACUUUAAAGGCGAGGACCUGUUUGAGGAUGGAGGGAUAAUCCGGAGGAUCAAGAGGAAGGGAGAAGGUUACUCCAACCCCAACGAAGGUGCUACGGUGGAAAUUCACCUGGAGGGAUUCUGUGGUGGCACCAGGUUCGACUGCAAAGACGUGAAGUUCAUCGUGGGCGAGGGGGAGGACCACGACAUCCCCAUCGGCAUCGACAAGGCCCUGGAGAAGAUGCAGAGGGGAGAGCACUGCAUCCUCUACCUCGGGCCACGCUACGGCUUCGGGGAGGCGGGGAAGCCGAAAUACGGGAUCCAGGGGAACGCGGAGCUGGUCUACGAGGUCACACUGAAGAGCUUUGAAAAGGCCAAGGAGUCGUGGGAGAUGGACACCAAGGAGAAGCUGGAGCAGGCUGCUGUCGUCAAGGAGAAAGGCACAAUGUACUUCAAGGAAGGCAAAUACCUGCAGGCAGUGAUUCAGUAUGGGAAGAUCGUGUCCUGGCUGGAGAUGGAGUAUGGCUUGUCUGAGACAGAGUCCAAAGCCUCCGACUCCUUCCUCCUGGCUGCCUUCCUCAACCUGGCCAUGUGCUACCUGAAGCUGCGGGAGUACGCCAAGGCCGUCGAGUGCUGUGACAAGGCACUGGGACUGGACCAGGACAACGAGAAGGGUUUGUACCGGCGGGGGGAAGCCAGGCUACUGAUGAACGAGUUCGAGCUGGCAAAAUGUGACUUUCAAAAAGUGCUGGAAGUGAAUCCACAGAACAAAGCGGCGAAAUCUCAGAUCUCUGUCUGCCAGAAGAAGACCAAGGAGCACAACGAGCGGGACAGGAGGAUCUACGCCAACAUGUUCACCAAGUUUGCAGAGAGGGACGCCAAGGAAGCAGCCAGCAAAACUGGGGCUGAAAAAGCAGCGGAGAAACCAACCUGUGAAAAGGGACCGAAAACAUCCAGUGCUGAAGGUGAAGAGGCUAAAGGACACGUAUGAUGGAGGAGGAGGGGAAGGGAGAACCUCCUGCCCUUGACCCACACAGAAAAAGGUUGCUGCCAGACCUCGGGACUCGCCAGUGUUUCUUGUAAAGCUUGUUACAGUUUGUGUGAUCGUGGAAGCAAAAAGCGCCUCGCAGAGAAAACUCCAAACCCUGUCCCCCCGCCCUGGGUGUGCUCAGGGGGCGGCGUGACGCCGUGGGACCACCACCCGUGGAACAAAUAGCUUUGAAA